AUGCAGUCGACGGGCUCGCAUCCCUUAUUCGAGUCCGCCGUUUUUCGGCGCAGCGUGCUGGAUGGCAAUGAGCGGACCGCCGCGGAGGGAGACGCUGACAGGAACGAUGGUGCGCAGCGGCCAUUCCUCCCUAUCCUGCAGGCGCCAUCGAGGACAGCAGCAGAAGAGGCAGGAGGAGGGAUGCAGCCGCUUGGUGCAGCAGCACGGAGGCGCGACGAGUGGCGCAUGUACCCAACGGUGCCGUAUUACCCGGCGGUGCCGGCGCUGCAGCUGACAAUAAACGUGGCGGGGCCAGAGGAAAACGUGACUGACGAUUUAAACGGCGCUGAUCUGCUAAAGAAAUUACCGGCACUGCAGGCACUCCUACAAGAUGCUGUGGCGAAGAAUGGCGAUAUUUUCUACUUGAGCGCUAUGCAGGCGAGCCGCAACCCGCUGCUGUAUCCACUGUCUGCCACAACGGCGGGGAAAGCCGCCGCGUCGCUGUCCUCCGCCGAGUUGGACUACUGGCGGUACGUGCAGGCUCUGCACGAUGGGUUUCGCCGCUUUGUCGAGCUGCGUGACGCGUGCUGCCGCGCCUCCUCGGCGGAGGUGUGUACGCACCACGUCUUCUUUGUGCGCAUCGCGGACCACCCACGGCUGAAGGACAUCGUGGCGCUGCUCGCCAUUGAGAAGGCACGCUUGUGUCUCUGCCUCUGUGCCUCCUCGAGGGUAACGCAGCAGUACUUCACGCAGCACGCGCAGGACGUGGGCGUGGAGCUGGAGUGGGUGCUGGGCUCUGCGCUUGUGUCGGAGCCGGCGGGGCUUGCGAUGACGGACGUCAACCCUGUCUUUGCGUUGUGGGACGUGUUCGUUAACCUGCCGCUUCACACGGCCCCGCAGGAGACGGGCAAUGCGGUGGCGCUGGCAGCGCUGUCCCCAGAAGGCGCCGGCGGUG